AUGUCAUUUCUUAUAAAAAUUCUUUAUAUUGUGUCAAUAUUACAAGUACUACAUUCCGGGUUUUCAAGUUAUGAAUUUCAUCAGCUAGUGAAAAAUACAAAUUAUAAAGAUCAUUAUUCAUUGCCCAAAGAUAUCCAAUUAGAGUGUUGUAUUGGACUUGCUUUAUUUAUAUUAACUUCUUUUCUAUCCUUUACCAAAUUACAGUAUUAUCCUAUCAAACCCUCGAUCAAUAAUAAAUUGAGGUUACUGACUACAGACCAAUAUUUGAAAGAUAUAUCAUUAAGUAGAGCUAAUAAUGUUCAUAAUUUAAUUGGUAACGAUCCAAAUGGUGAAGUUACUUUUACACCAAAUUUUGUAGAUUUACAAAGAAAGAGAAAGGAAAUAUCAGAUUGGUUAGCAGACAAUUCUAAAGAAUAA